UAAGACACAUGCGUUUGUUUGCCGACCACCACCUCAGAGGAAGAAGAUUAGUUUUCGGCAAGAUCUCUGCUGUUUUGUCGCAUUGCUGGCCUAAUACAAACUGUUAGAAGUUUACUUUUAGUGUACAGAAAGAUACAUUUUAAAUCAGGUCAAUAAAUGCCUGUAAUAUUCCCAUCCUCAUACGUGAGUAAGUUCUGAAUCAAGCGGGAAUAUCUGGAGGAGUAUCAACUGAACUGAGAUCUGCUGCUGUGAAGAUGGUGUUUGUUAAAGAGGAGAGUGAAGAGGACAUGAGUGAACCAGAACCCUGGAGAAUAAAACACGAGGAACAAGAAGGCCUGAUGAAAGUGAAAGAGGAAAGACCAGAUCUGAAUGAAGUGGAGGAGAAACAUCAUCAGAAAGUUCAUGAUGUCACCGCUGGAGAGAAACCGUUGAGUUGCUCCAAAACUGAAAACAGUUGCUCACAAAGCAGCAUCCAAAUAACAGAAGAGAAAAAGCCCUUCUCCUGUUCUCAGUGUGGAAAGAGUUUCAAACAUAAAAGAAGCCUUUGGAGUCACACGUUAAUUCAUGCUGGAGGAAAUAAUCCUCUCGCAUGCUCUCAGUGUGGAAAGACUUUCACAUGUAAAGGAUACCUUGAAAAGCACAUGUUAAUUCAUGCUGGAAUAAAGCCUUUCACUUGCCCUCAGUGUGGAAAGACUUUUACAUGUAAAGGAUACUUUAAGACUCACAUGCUAAUUCAUGCUGGAAUAAAGCCUUUCACCUGCUCUCAGUGUGGAAAGAGUUUCACACUGAAAUCACAUCUUAAGGAUCAUUUGGUGACUCACUCUUCAGAAAAGCCGUUCACUUGCCCUCAGUGUGGAAAGACUUUUACACGUAAAGGAAACUUGAAGAAGCACAUGUUAAAUCAUGCUGGAAUAAAGCCUUUCACCUGCUCUCAGUGUGGAAACUCUUUCGUGUGUAAAGGAAGCCUGGAGAAGCACGUGUUAAUUCAUAAUGAAAUAAAGCCUUUCUCCUGUUCUCAGUGUGGAAAGAGUUUCAAACAGAAAGGACACCUUAAAUAUCAUUUGUUAAUUCACACUUCAGAAAAGCCCUUCACCUGCUCUCAGUGUGGAAACACUUUCAGAUAUAAAGGACACCUUAAAACUCACAUGAGAAUUCAUGCUGGAAUAAAGCCUUUCACCUGCUCUCAGUGUGAAAAGACUUUUAUACGUAAAGAAAGCCUGAAGAAGCACAUGCUAAUUCAUGAUGGAAUAAAGCCUUUCUCCUGCUCUCAGUGUGGCAAGAGUUUCAAACAGAAAGCACACCUUAAUUAUCAUUUGUUAAUUCACACUUCAGAAAAGCCGUUCACCUGUUCUCAGUGUGGAAAGACUUUUAAACGUAAAGAAAGACUAGAGAAACACAUGUUAAUUCAUGCUGGAAUAAAGCCUUUCACCUGUUCUUAGUGUGGAAAGAGCUUCACCUGUAAAGAAGCAUUUAAUAUUCAUGUGAGAAUUCACUCAUAAGAGAUGCCUCAUGCAUGUCAUCCAUGUGAGAAGAGACUUAAAUGGAACUGUGGCGUCAUCUGCACGCUCUCACUCUAUUGUAUGGCAAUUUAACUGAUCACUGCUGUAAAUUAUUUGCAUUGUCAUCAUUACUGAAGAACCACCAGAAGUGCAUACCUAAUAAAAAGACUGACC